CUACGCGAUUGCUACCCUGUAAUAGCAGUGUGCUUUCGUCUUCAUCUUUCAUCUUUCAUCUUUCAUCUUGUCCUCAACAACUGUUCUGUCCUAUACACCCUUCAGCGUGAAUCGUCUCCCUCUAGGGUUCACCAUAUCAUCCCCACACACUCAUUUCCGUACUCGGACGUCCUAUCUCAUCGCGGCACCCUGUUAGCUGUGCUACGGCACCCGGCACACACAGCCUUUCCCACUCCACGACUCACGUUUGUCAUCGACUAUUACAUAGGGCGAAUCGCGGUCCAGACCAUUCUCUCAUAACACACAGCAUAGUUUGUAUUCACAGCUACAAGCACAAGCCAGCCAAUUUUUUCAUCGACAUUACGAGCAGGUCUAAACGUCCUGUCACAAUCAUUGUAUAUUCUUAUUAUCUUUUCUGAAUCCACUCGUGACUCGCCCGCGAUCCGUGUAUCCCUGUAGACAUUUGCGUUGCUUUCUUCAUUCACAGACAGCUUUAUCGAACGCGUGACAGGCUACCCGAAUCUUUCUUGGCACUGCUCUUCAUCCAACCAUGUCUAUUCCCGACAAUCCCUUCCAGCCUCCUACAGACACAUCGCCACCGACUUUACAGCUGGAGGCCACCAGUCACGACGAUGGCCAGUCUAUCAAAUCGGGUAUCAAUGGCAGUCCCAUGCCCGCGGGUUCUCCUCAUUCCCAUCUUUCUCCUCCAUCUGAGAUAGCCUCUCCGCGUCCAGUGUUAUCGAAUCUUCAACACUUGGGUCCAGGUGUCAAAACUCCGCGACGCGUACAAUGGACGUCUGAUCCCCAUAUCGUCCAGCUUCAACCUGUAGAGCCCGCCCCAGGUUCUCCGCAGACUCUCGAUCCCAGUAAUAUCGACGAAUUCCGGGACGCGUUAGAAAGGCACAGAUCUGGAGGUGCCGGAAGACGUCCCCCUAGUCAGCUUAGCAGACAAAGCAGUGCAAGUGGAAGCGUUACGCGCCAUGGAACAGACGACGAAGAAGAUUAUGACUAUCGAACUGAUGUUGAUCCUCCUCAGCGCCCAGACAUCGAGAGGCACGAUACCGAUGAAACAAUGUACGAAUCAAAUCUCAUUGAUAACGGUAUGCGUGGUCAUGUCUCUCAGUAUAUCGCACCAGGAGAAACAGACGGACUUCCCAAUAUUCCGCAAAUGUCGAGGGAGAAUCAGAACGACACAGCUAAAGAUCUAGUCAGGGCCCACACUGGCAAGUGGGGUGUGUUGAGAAGAAGGGUGAGGGGUGCUGGAGCUGUCAAAGGGGCUCUUAAUGCAGCAGCGCCAAACAGGAAACGUGGUGACGAUGGAGAGGAGGAAGAGAAACGAAGGAGUGGUGAGCACGACAGGGCUUCUCAAGAUGCCUUUGCCGCGAGAUAUCCGGAGCCUAGAAAAGGUCCGUCGGCUGGCGGUUUUGGCGGAGGGGCUGUUCCCGGUGGAGCUUCUGUUCUAUCUUCUCUCCUAGCAUUAUACGGUCAGCAGAAUGACCAACAUUCUGCCAAUACUUCUGCCGCCAGUUCAAGGCGAGGAUCUGAAGAUGAGUAUUCGUCUGGAGAUGAGCGAUCAGCUGCUAAAGGGGGAAGACAUGCGUGGCGGCACCUCGGCAGGCGAUCGGCAGACGAAGGUCUUCCUGCAUUUGCAGUGCAUGAUCAACCUCGUCCGUCCAACGUGCAACCUCCCCGCGUUUCCCAAGGUUCGCUGGAUCCCAAUGAUCCGACUUCUCCAACCUCACCAGGUUUCGGCCCCGAUUCAGGUCAAGAUCACGAAUAUUCGCGUACCCAAUCUAGGUACGACGACACACCUGGAUCCCCUGGAUUCAAGGGAUUCUUCCAGAGGGCAAAGGAGCAGCUGCAGUACAAUCGUCCGGACGCAGCUAGGAACGCGGGAGGUGUAUUUGGCGCUCUCAUUCAAAAUACUCAAAACCUUUCAGGUGCUGCUACUCCGGCCGCUUCCACUCUUGCCCCGGCUGCUAGGCGCCCCGGUUAUCAGUUGAACAGGUACUCACUUGGGGAUGUCAACGAUGAGACGCGUAAGGGGCCUUGGCGACCGCCUUCCCGUCCCAGUUCUGGAGCGGGCUCCCGAAGUGGUUCUCGUCCGGCAUCCAUUCAUUCAUCUACAGCCGUUUCCGGCAACGGCGAGUCUCCCAAGGAUGACAGCGGCAACUCUUUCGGUGGCAAGAAAGCUAUAUCGAGCGACGACCUUAUGAGCAUGCGUAAAGCAAACGAGAGUACUUUAAGCCUUGGGGGCAAAAAACGUCCCAAAACGGGCUUGCAUCUCGAGUCAUUGGCCCAUCUCCCUGUCGCAGCGGUAAAAGGCGGCGGAAAGCAAAUCAAGAAUGCCGAAAAGUGGCUGCUCGGCGGGAAAACGCCUUUGGGAUCAACGCCUCCUGAGAAAGGCGGUGCCGAUUACUUCCACAGGCCAUUGACUGAAGAUGAGCGGCGUCGAAAGGAGUGGGAAGCGGAAAAGAAAAAGAGAAAGAAGGCGAGGGAGGCUAGGAAGAAGCAGGAGAUCUUUAUUAUUCAACACGUUGCUGCCAUUCUGUCGAGACAACAGUUCUUGCUCAAGCUUGCUCGUGCCUUGAUGAUGUUUGGCUCUCCUUCUCACCGUCUUGAGACGCAAAUCCAGGCUACUGCCAAGGUGCUUGAGAUCAAUUGUCAAGUCGUCUAUCUUCCUGGAACUAUGCUCGUCUCUUUUGGUGAUGACGCUACACACACGUCCGAGACCAAAUUCUUGAAACAGUCUACUGGCCUCGAUCUAGGCAAGCUUCAAGCCACCCAUCACCUGUAUUGGAAUGUCGUCCAUGACAAGAUGUCUGUUGAUCAGGCCAGCAAAGACCUUGAUGUUUUGAUGACGACGCCAGUCUACUAUACUUGGUGGCAGACUCUGGCUAUCGGUGCCCUUUGUUCCGCAUUUAUUUCUGUGAUGGCUUUCUAUGGUUCUUUCAUCGACGCCCUCAUGUCCAUGGUACUCGGUGCUACACUCGUCGGUGUUCAAAUGCUUGCGGCUCGAAACGACAUGUUCUCCAACGUAUUUGAAAUCGCCAUUGCCACGCUUAUUUCCUUUGUUGCUGCAGCUCUGGCCUCGACAAAGGUUUUCUGUUAUACAGCGUUGGUCAGUGGUGGAGUAGUUUUAAUCCUUCCUGGUUAUAUCGUCUUGUCGGGCGCUUUAGAGUUGGCUUCCAGAAACAUCACUGCAGGCGCUGUACGAAUUGGUUAUAGUGUUAUCUACUCUCUUUUCCUCGGUUUUGGUAUUUCCAUGGGUGCCGUCAUCUAUUCCAAGAUAACGAAGCACGAUGUGUUAAACUCAAAUGACUAUACCUGUGGGAACACUCAUUAUAGCGGGUCCCCUUGGUACAUGGAAACUCCGUCGGCUUGGUGGUACUUCUUGUGUGCCCCAGGGUUCUCCCUCGGUCUAUCACUCAAGAAUCAGCAGCCGUUAUGGGCCAAAGAGCUGCCUGUGAUGGUCAUUAUUUCGUGUGCUGGAUGGACGUCCAAUCACUUUUCGGCGUUGGCGUUCCCUGGCCGAUCGGAUUUGACCUCUGCUAUUGGUAGUUUUGUGGUUGGUACCCUGGGUAACAUUUAUGGACGAUUCUCCAACGGUUCGUCUUUCCCCGUGACGGUGCCUGGUAUUCUCAUCCAAUUGCCGUCCGGUUUGUCCAACGGUGGUAUCUUCAACUUUGCGACCGAAUCGUCUAGUGGGUCUUCCACGGCGUAUAGCGACGGUUUCUCUGUGGCCGAGCAGUUGGUGGCCGUUGCGAUUGGUUUGACCGUCGGUCUGUUUGUCAGUGCGGCGGUCUGCCAUCCAUUUGGCGGCGGCCGCAGGAGAGGAGCUGGUAUCUUCGCGUUUUAGAAGGGGCGCGUGUUGCAUUGCCCAAGUAGAUUCCUGCCCGUCUGCCUGUUUCUUUCCUAGCAUAUGUGUAGAGUAACGAUAUAAAUUCCAUCAUGCAGCCAUGGCGUAC